UUUAAGCUUUUCUAACGACACAAUGUAUCUGGUCAGUUAAAUAAUACCAGCCAUAUAGGACACACACGUUUACACCAACAUAUUUUAGUCCGGCAAUUAGUUCUAGCCCUUUCGAAGACCAAAACUACACCCACAUACACAACAAGAAUGGACGGGGACCAAGUGAAGGGCAUUCUAAAGUCGGGGAACAAUAGUGCGCAAUUUAGCCUCAAGGCGGCCAAAUUCGAUGAGAUCAACAUACUGGCCACGUUCCACCCAGUUGGCAAGGAUUACGGCCACAUGAUCAUCGACGAACCGAAGACACCCUUCGUCUUUGAGGACGAUUUGCCCAAGGAGUUAGACACAAACACCCUGAUCGAGAAGCUGCGACAGAAGUCAAUGUCGGAAAUGCCGGCUUUUGGCAUCGAAGGAGAGUCGGAUGAAUCCUCGGCGGACGAUGACUAUCCCGAGUCCGUGGAGGAAAAAGUGCGGAGAAUGGAGUUUGAGAGGCGCCGUAAACUGCACUACAAGGAGUUCCACUCUGUGCCACUGGCUCGUCGUCUCAUCGCCGAGGAGUUUGCCGAUUUGAGCAGUGCGGAGAAUAGUAUUCACUGCGAGUCAGGAUUGGUAUCCUUUGAAGCGUGCAGUGAAAAUCAAACCAUCGACGGUGAAGCCAGCAACUUGACACAAAACAAAUCCUCAUAUACUGACAGUCAAUCCGAUUAUCAGUUGUCAGAUCAUUCUGAGCCCGAACCAGGUUUCUCCCCCAGCCAUCAUUGCUACCAAAAACUGAAGGCCGAGCUCUUCAACAAAACCGAGCCCGAAGAACUGGCCUCCAUAGCUCACUUGCAUCACCUGCCAUCGGUCGUCGAUGAUGAACCAAGCCGCGAGCCUCGGGUCCCAUAUCCUUCUGUCAUUCCGGUUCACAGACACAGCCUACAGGACCACGAGACUACACUGAAAACAACGUCCGCGAAGUCGGCUCCUGCUCGUAUAUGUAAAUCCAACCCCGAUAACCGUGGUGGCACUUCUAAGAAAGGGACUCGCUAAAAUCAUUCCACACUUUCCACCACGCAGCGGUCUUAAAAAUUUUGAAGUUCAUUCAAACAAUCUCUUGUACACAGAAAAUGAUUUGGGAUUAAAACUAUUGUAAGCUUUAUAAAUAUU